AUGAAUGAUGAUCUUAUUCAAACAAUAAUAAAUGAUGAUCGUCAACGUUUUUUACUUGAUCUUGAAUUUGUUCAAACAUUAGCAAAUCCUCAAUAUUUAAAUUUUUUGGCUCAAAGAAAUUAUUUUAAAAAUCCAGCAUUUAUUAAUUAUUUAAAAUAUUUACUUUAUUUUAAAGAAGAUAAUUAUAUAAAAUAUAUUCAUUAUCCUCAAGCACUUUAUUUUCUUGAUUUAUUACAACGUGAACAAUUUCGACAAGAACUUGUUAAUGCAACAUAUUGUCGAUAUAUAGAAGAUCAACAAUUACUUGCAUGGCAACGACUUCAACGUCGAAAGAAUCAACUAUUAAAUAAUGCUGCCGGAAUAACAACAACAAAUAAUAAUAAUAAUAAUGAAACAGAAACUACAAAUCCACAGAAUAGCACAAAUGCAAUAUCAACAUCAACAACAGCAAACAACACUCAACUUCGUUAA